GCCAUCUGUGCAGGGCUUGCCGCUGUUAAAAUACUCAGGUUACAUUUCCUCCAGGCUUUAUUAGCUCGUUUCACCUCAAAUCUGCUAUUUUCGCCUCCCUGGCCCCGGUGAGAAGAAGCUGCCAACAUGAAGCUAGCUGUAGCCAUCCUCGCAGUUUUUGCAUCGAUAGCUGUCACUAUUGACGCCACCGUGUACUUCAAGGAACAGUUUCUGGAUGGAGAUGCAUGGCAGAGCCGCUGGGCCGAGUCCAAGCACAAGUCAGACUACGGCCAGUUGAAACUGAGUGCUGGGAAGUUCUAUGGAGAUGCCGAAGCUGAUAAAGGUCUCCAGACCAGCCAGGAUGCCCGCUUUUACUCAAUGUCGGCACGCUUUGAGCCUUUCAGCAACGAGGGAACGCCCCUGGUCAUCCAGUUCACCAUCAAGCACGAGCAGAAGAUCGACUGCGGAGGCGGCUACGUCAAGGUCUUCCCCUCUGACCUCGACCAGAGCAACAUGCAUGGCGACUCCGAGUAUUACAUCAUGUUUGGGCCCGACAUCUGUGGAUACAGCACAAAGAAGGUUCACGUGAUCUUCAACUACAAGGGCCAGAACCACCUCAUCAAGAAAGACAUCAAAUGCAAGGAUGACGAGCUGACCCACAUGUACACACUGAUCUUGAACCCAGACCAGACGUACGAGGUGAAGAUCGACGGUGAGAAGGUGGAGUCCGGCUCCAUGGAGGAAGACUGGGACAUGCUGCCCGCCAAGAACAUCAAGGACCCAGAGGCCAAGAAGCCCAGCGACUGGGACGACAGGGCCAAGAUCGACGACCCCGAGGACACCAUGUCUGAGGAUUGGGAAAAGCCAGAGACCAUCCCUGACCCCGAUGCCAAGAAGCCUGACGACUGGGACGUGGACAUGGACGGAGAGUGGGAGCCCGCCAUGAUCAGUAACCCAGAAUAUAAGGGCGAGUGGAAGCCCAAGCAGAUCGAAAAUCCCGACUUCAAGGGAGCCUGGGUCCACCCUGAGAUCGACAACCCGGAGUACACUGCUGAUGCCAACAUGUACAAGUUUGAAAAGAUUGCAGUUCUGGGCCUGGAUCUGUGGCAGGUGAAAUCUGGCACCAUCUUUGACAACUUCCUGAUUACUGACGACAUCAAAGAAGCAGAGGAGUUUGGGAAGGACACCUGGGGAGCUACUAAGGGACCAGAGAAGAAGAUGAAGGACGAGCAGGAGGACAUGGAGACGAAACUGAAGGAGGAGGAAGAGAAGAGCAAGAAGAAAGACGCUGGAGACGAGGAGGAAGAGGAUGAGGAAGACGGCGAGGAGGAAGAGGACGAGGAAGACGAGGGCGAGCAGGAUGAGGACGCAGGGACGGAAGAGGAAGACGUCAAAGACAAGGACGAGUUAUAAAGGAUAGACUCUGGCCUUUCAUACAAGCAGCCUUUUAUUCAGGUUUGGGGUGGGGGAGGGGUCAGGUGGGGUCAGGUCAGAUUUCUUUUUUAUUGAUUCCCUUGUUGCUUUUUUUAGCAUUCAAAUUAGAGAAGGGGUGAGGGUUUACAUGUUGUUUUCCAGUUUGUGUCUUCGGUUGAGAAAUCGAAUGUGAUUUACAUGGUGUGUGUGUGUGUGCACUCGGAGCCAAUUCACUUUUUGUAUUUCCUUUGUCGGGUUGCCUAGUAAAUUGAGGGUCUGAUGUUUUACGUUCUGCACUUUUGUUUCUCCUUUAUGAUGCCUCGUUGUUUAUUUCUUAAAUGACCCCUUCAUUAUUUAUUUAAUCAUUACAUUAAUUUCCCUAAGUCUCCAAAGCUCUGAUUUUGGGCAUACCUGCUUUCUCCAUGAGUGUGUGAUGUGUGUUUGAGAGUGAGACUGCAUUAGAUGAGCUGUGAUGUGUGCAAUCAAAAUGUUCUCAUUGUUCUGAAUGACUGUCCUGUGGAUGCACACUGUUCAGUUACAGUGAAUAAAUGAAAGCCCUCUCUACCA